CACUGUCGUCAACGUUUCACUUUUUUACUCUAACCCCUUCAAAACCCUUAAAUCCCAAAGAACCCCCGAUUUUGCUCACCAGCAAGGGUUUCCGUCUGAAAGGAGUAGUGCCGGAGCUUUUGAUUUCAUGGAGGCCGCGGCCAGUGUCGCCGCCGCCUCACGCGUCGGUUCUCUCCCGAUUCCGGCUUCCAGGAAGGAGUGGCGGGUGGUGACGGAGCCCCAUUCGGUUCGGAACCCCGGGGAUGAGGAGUUGGAGCGUUCGAAGCUGGGUCAAUCGGAUGAGAGAACGAUAUAUGAGGUGCAGCAGGGAAGAGAGCCGCUGGAUGUGGAUUUCUGUUCAAUCACUAUCGAUGGAAGCUUAGACAAUGACAUUUUGCAGCAGCGACUUCAUACUAUUGCACACCAGAGGGAGGAGCUGCAACAGAUGGAGAUUGAGCUUAGAGCUCAGGUGAUUGCGAGAUCAGAGGUGAUGGAAAUGCAGAACAGCUUUGAUGCCCAAAUCAAAGACCAUGCUAAUGCCGCCGUCAAGCUUCAGGAGCAAGUCCAUGAAAGGGAACAGACAAUACAUGAACUGGAAAGGAGGAUGGAAGACAAAGAUAGGGAGUUACAUGAAAUCAAAUUAGACAAUGAAGCGGCCUGGGCUAAAGAGGACCUUCUGAGAGAACAGAACAAGGAAUUGGCUACCUUCCGAAGGGAGCGUGAUAAUUCUGAAGCUGAAAGAGCUCAACAUCUGAAACAAAUACAUGACCUUCAAGAACACAUUCAAGAAAAGGAGAGGCAACUUAUCGAGUUGCAGGACCAGCAUAGAGUUGCUCAGGAGACCAUUCUUUAUAAAGAUGAACAGUUAAGGGAGGCCCAAGCUUGGAUUACUCGUGUUCAAGAGAUGGAUGCGUUGCAAUCAACUACAAAUCACUCAUUACAAGCUGAGUUGCGAGAACGCACAGAACAAUAUAACCAGCUUUGGCUUGGUUGUCAGAGACAGUUUGCAGAGAUGGAAAGACUUCAUUUGCAUGCGAUUCAGCAGCUACAGCAUGAGUUGGCCGAUGCUAGAGAAAGGAGUGGAACUUACACUGAUGAGCCGCGCGUAUCCCAAACAAAUUCAAAGGAUGUAUCUCAAUUUGGGCAGAACAAUGGAAGCCAACUGGAUGUAAAUGGAAGUGGAACUUCCAGCGGGAACUCGGGGGUACUUUCAAAUGGGAAUGCUGACACUGUUCCACCUUUUGUUUCAACUGGCAAUGCAUCAAGCCAGGCUGAGCAUGUUCCUGGUGUUGUUCCAAUUGCUCCAUCAUCUUUACUUGGGAUGCCUACCUAUCUGCCACCUGGACAGGUGACUGCAAUGCAUCCGUUUGUUAUGCAUCAACAGGGAGUUCCCCAUUCUGUACCAUCACAUGUUCCUCAAUCUCAUGUUGGACACUUCCAUUCAAUGCCAGCGAUUUCAUCAGUCCCACACUGGCAGAACCAACAGGCUGUAUCAGAGGGUGCACAGAUAUCAAUGCACAAUCCAUAUGCACCAGCUCAAACUGAUCAAAACAUAUUGAAAGCGGAUGCUAAUUAUGAGUAUGAAUUGUCUGUAAAUGGGCAAGCUCUUCAGCCAGACUACUUGGAUGUUCAAAUCAACCAAGGGGUGGAACGUGAUUCUGUGAUCCCAUCACCCACUGAAGAAAAAAAGGUUCUUGAGUCAAUUGAUAAGAGUUACUUGGUAAGCCCCCAACCUCAGCAGAGCUUGCAACAAAUUUCUUCCCAGUUUCAUGAAGCUUUAAGACUGAACCCUCUUGAACAGAACAGUGAGAAGGACAACAAUACUAUCACUUUGACUAAUCAUGCACUGGAGAGCCAAGGCUUGACUGCAGAGCUACCAAGUCCUGCUGCCAGUACAACACCGUCUGAUACAUCAAAUCAUCCAGUAAAUUUUGGUGAAAUUUCAAUUAGUAAUGUGACUAGUACGGUUUUGCCUGAAGCAUAUGUUUCGGCAAGGCAGCCAAAUACAUUGGCAACGGGAAAAACUACAGAGGUAACCCUCCUUGAUGAAAGAUCGUUGUUGGCUUGCAUUGUUCGGACAAUUCCAUCUGGAUCUGGUGGUAAAAUUCGGAUUAGUUCAACGCUCCCCAAUAGGCUUGGCAAAAUGCUUGCACCUCUGCAUUGGCAUGAUUAUAAGAAAAAAUAUGGAAAGCUUGAUGACUUUGUCGUCAGUCAUCCUGAACUAUUUGUAAUUGAAGGGGACUAUAUUCAUCUUCGAGAAGGUGCACAAGAAAUGAUCGCAGCCACGGCAGCAGUUGCAAAAGUUGCUGCUGCAGCUGCAGUGUCAUCACCAUACUCAUCUUUGUUGCCUUCUGUGGCUGUCACUCCCAUGGCACAAUCUCACCGACAGAAGAAGGUUCCAUCUAUCGAUUCCAAACAUGUGAAGACUGAAAAGACCGUUUUCAAGGAGUAUGCAGUUACUCCGGCAAGUGCAGCUGAUAAUUCUUCACAACUCUUGGCAAUGCAAAAUCAGCAAUCCAAUGGUGUUUAUUUUAAUGCCAGUGGAGGUUUCUCAAAUAUAAAAAUUUUGAGCAAAUCCAAAGAUGCUGUGGAAAUGAAUGGCCCUGAAAUUAGGCCUGGCCAGUCAUCUGUGUUUAUGACAGCUGGGAAUGGAGCAAAUCCUGAUAGAUCUGGCGUGGCCAGUACUCAAAACAAAGGGUCAAUUAAUGGGAGGUCUGGUGCACAUUUUGUUGGGAAACAGUCGGGCAGGGCAACUGGGGCUGCAUCUACCUCUAGAAGAUAGAGAUGAUUUGGGCUCAGUUUGAUAAAUCUUAUUGCAAGGAAUGUGGACAAAGGACACAGAUCAGGGCUUAUUUGGGGAUGAUGACAUGAUUUGAGGGAGAACAUUUUCUUCUCUCAGGUUGGAAUCUCCAGUGAGCCUCUCUCUCCAUUUUAUAGAAUUCCCCAUUGGAACCCAUCAGCUGAAUUUUUCCUGCUGUUUUGUUGGAGAAACUGUUUUCUUUUUUCGGUGUGUUCUAUUAAGUACUCAAAACCUUACAGUCAACUGGCUGCAGUUGUAUUCAUGCUCACAACUGCCCUGUUCAUCUGAAACCUCAUACCUAUUUUGUUUGUGGAUGCUUAAUUAUCCAAAAAAAAAAAAGUGAUUCCCAAAAUUGGAUUUACUGUCAA